UGAUCCUGUACUCCCUGAUCCACUUCUUAAUGAAACCAGAAGCUAAUUACUAACCCCGGUAGUUUUCUGGUGAUUUCUAUUAGCUGUACACAGUUGAGACAGGCGCAAUGCCCCCUUUACGGCCACUUCUGCCAGCAGCCAAUGGGUAUCAGAGGAGCUCACCCAUAGCCACGCCUUCAACAAAGCAGAAAGCAUCGACAGCAUGUCAGAGUUUCCGUAAAUUCAAAACAAAGUGCGGAGGCAGGACGCCUACCUGCAGUGCUUGUAUACGGCGUUCAACAAUCUGCCAGUACACUCAGACAGAGACACGUCAGAUCAGGCAAAGAUAUGCUCAACUGCAAAAGCAGGAAUAGUCGCACGAGGAGCUUAUCGGAAUGAUUAGUGGUAUGCCAGAGCAAGAUGUUGCCGAGAUUGUCCGUCGUCUAAAAGCGGGUAUGGAUGCCGCAUCAAUAGUGAGCUUCGUGAGAGAUGGAAAUCUGCUCAUGCAACUCUUAUUGACACCAGAGACUACUCGUCGAUAUGAGUUCCCCUUGGUGGCUGAGAUGCCAUACCACCUCUACAUUGGAGGCAGCCCGUAUCUGGACUCCUUGUACCAUAGAUCCUUGUUUCCUCGUUCAACUAGUGGUAGCGAGGACUCGAGUCUGGAAACCGAAGUUCAUGGUGUCAACAAAAUUAACCGGCGUGCAGUAGACGAUGACAUCCAUUAUACCGCGUACGAGCUGCCGUACCACACUGCGCAAAUGGUUGAGCCGUUGAUGGAAAAGGUUACCGCGGCACCGUCGAUCAAGGUCAUCUCCGAUGAUCACUUGUUCAAAAGACUCAUCUCCUCCUACUUUUGUUACCCUUAUCUUUGCUGUCCUUUCGUGCACAAGGAUCUAUUCUUGGAGGAUAUGGCUGCGGGCUGGACUACCUUUUGCUCAUCAUUACUGGUCAAUGCUAUGCUUGCAAAUGCUUGUGUAUGAACCACGUACCAUACUGAAUACAGUACAAAGUUGACUUGAGGUAGCAAAGGUGCUCACUAUUCCCGGAAGUUCCAAGGUAUGGCUACCGGAGUCUCUAACAUAUAGAUUCGUGGCCGAAGCAAGACAAUUG